AGAGUGGUCCAGCUGGAGCCCUGGGUGGCUGAGCUCAGGCCUCCACAGCACUCUGGUCUGAGCCACCCACAGGGCAGCCACCAGGACCGCAGCCAUGAAUGGGACAGAGGGCCCGAACUUCUACGUGCCCUUCUCCAACAAGACAGGGGUGGUGCGCAGCCCCUUCGAGUUCCCACAGUACUACCUGGCUGAGCCAUGGCAGUUCUCCAUGCUGGCCGCCUACAUGUUCCUGCUGAUUGUGCUCGGCUUCCCCAUCAACUUCCUCACGCUCUACGUCACCGUCCAGCACAAGAAGCUACGCACGCCGCUCAACUACAUCCUGCUCAACCUGGCCGUGGCCGACCUCUUCAUGGUCUUCGGGGGCUUCACCACCACCCUCUACACCUCGCUGCACGGAUACUUUAUCUUUGGGCCCACGGGAUGCAAUCUGGAGGGCUUCUUUGCCACGCUGGGCGGUGAAAUUGCCCUGUGGUCUUUGGUGGUCCUGGCCAUUGAGCGGUAUGUGGUGGUGUGUAAGCCCAUGAGCAACUUCCGCUUCGGGGAGAACCAUGCCAUCAUGGGCGUCGCCCUCACCUGGGUCAUGGCACUGGCCUGUGCUGCACCCCCCCUCGCUGGCUGGUCCAGGUACAUCCCAGAGGGCUUGCAGUGCUCGUGCGGGAUUGACUACUACACGCUCAAGCCAGAGGUCAACAACGAGUCCUUCGUCAUCUACAUGUUCGUGGUCCACUUCACCAUCCCCAUGACUGUCAUAUUCUUCUGCUAUGGGCAGCUCGUCUUCACAGUCAAGGAGGCGGCUGCCCAGCAGCAGGAGUCAGCCACCACCCAGAAGGCUGAGAAGGAGGUCACACGCAUGGUCAUCAUCAUGGUCGUCGCUUUCCUGAUCUGUUGGGUGCCCUACGCCAGUGUCGCAUUCUACAUCUUCACCCACCAGGGCUCCAACUUUGGCCCCACCUUCAUGACCCUCCCGGCGUUCUUCGCCAAGUCUGCCGCCAUCUACAACCCCGUCAUCUAUAUCAUGAUGAACAAGCAGUUCCGGAACUGCAUGAUCACUACCCUCUGCUGUGGCAAGAACCCACUGGGUGAUGAUGAGGUCUCUGCCAGUGCCUCCAAGACGGAGAGCAGCCAGGUGGCACCAGCCUAAGCCCUGCCAAGGACUCUACGGCCUACUGUAGGAGUCUCCCCUUCCCCACACCUACCCCCAGCCACAGCUGCCCCACCGGAGCCAGGCCUGUCGGAACCAGGUUGUGCAGGCUCCCUGAAUUAAAAAAAAAAAAAAGAAAGAAAGAAUUAUUGAGAGAAAGAUGAGGAUCCCCACCCGGCCAGGAUGCCCCAUCAACAGUCCUGAGUUCCCAGGGGCCAGUGGGAUCUCUGCCCCUCCUCCCCCCAACUCAUCUCUCAGGAACACAAGAACUCUUGCUCUCUGGAAAAGUGUCCCAGCUUAGGGAUAAGUGUCUAGCACAGAGUGGGGCACACAGUAGGUGCUUAAUAAAUGCUAGAUGGAUGAAGGAAGGAACGAAUGGAGGAAUGAGUGAAGGAAUGAAUGAGCUGGGAGAGCAUAUCUGUCCUCUCGAAACCUCCUAGCAGUAGCAGCUCACCCUCAGCUGAUGACUUUGAGCAGUGGUUUCCCUCCCUGGGCCUCACUUUCUUUCCCUGUGAAAUGGAAAUCCCAAAUCCCUAAUCCCUGGCCCUGCCAACACAUGGCUGCUGUGAAGAUCAAAUAGGAUUUUGUGUGUGUGUGUGUGUGUGUGUGUGUGCGUGUGCCUGUGUGUGUGAGAGAGAAUGUAAGCACUUUGUAAAUGGGGUAAAGAGCUGUACAGAUUGUAGUUAGCAUUAUUAAUAAUAUAAAUUAAUAUAAUUAAUUAAUUAAUAUGAUCAUCUCCUCUUGAUAGUGACCAUUUUGAGAUUGGGCAAAGUCCUAAGCAUCCACCUCAGCAGGUUUUUUAAAAUUAGCCAGGCGUCAAGGCCAGACCAGGGCUGACGGCUGGGCUGCAGGGAGGGACAGUCAAGGGAACGCAGAAUGCAGUCAUCAGGACUGAAAAAGCGUCAGGGGACUGUGGAGUCUGGGGCCAAGGUCGGGGGUCUCACCUCUGGCAUGGAGCCCCAAGCCUGGUGCUUCCUCUUCCCAGUACAGCCUAGGGAGAGAUGGGACUUUCUUUCAGCUUCUGCAAACCACCCACUCUCUUGCCCAGCAACUAGGCCACAGCACCUCAGGGGCAGCUUGGAGCUUCUAGAAGCCAUAUUCACCUGCCCACAUUUAAUGAAGAGCUGAGUCACCCUUGUCUCAAAGAGCUUAGAAACAAAAAGUUGGAAAUUCAGAUGGGCCCACCUUCCCUGCGGAUGUUCACAGGUCCCGGAUUCCAGCUCCCUUGCUUGGUGAGCCUAUCUUCAGUAGCUCCAGUCCAUUCUCCAUUCUGGAGAGUCUUUGCGGCAAAGCUGGCGGGAAUUCUGGGCAUCGGAAUUGAGCUGCCCCCACAGCUGCCCCUCCUCCACAUAACCAAAGCUGGGAGCUCUGGCUGUCCCCAGCCCUGCCUGCACACUAGGCAAUUCGGGGCAUUAAAAGCUCAGCUCCUAUA